AUGAGUCGAAUUGGAAAUCAACGAACAAUUUCGAGAUAUCGUCUCGGUAUAUUCGGUUUAUUUAUCAAGUUUAUCGAAUUCUUACUAAAUAUCUUAAGUAAUAUAAUAACUGAACUGGAGGAAACUGAACAGGAAACUUUAGAUAACAACAUUACAAUACAAGAUACUCCAAAGGAAAAUACAACAACAGAAACAGAUUUAACUGAAGAAAUUGAUACUCCUAACGAAACUCCAACAACCAGCUCAAGAUGCCAAACUAGAUCAGCUGAUAAAAAUGAAAUCUCAAUUAUUUCGAAAAUACCAACAUCAACUUUAAGGAACAAAACCAAAAUACCAACUUUAAAAAAAAUAUUGCCACUUACAAGACCAAUUAUCAAAAUAUAUAAUACUAAAGCUGAUCCCAGAACUUCGUCAAGAGAGCAUAAUGCUGCGGACCCCUCAACAUACAACUCAGAAGCUGCUCUACAUUUCAAUACACCACCAAUUUCUAGAGCUACUAAAUUAAGACCCGACACGCCUAGAUAUGCACUCGAUAAACCCAAAGCAAAAAUGCAACAAAUAUUUUUGAAAUCUUCAUGUGAGACUACUGAAACGCCAAUUAAUAUGACAAGAGCAAAAACUGAUUCAAAAGCGGGUGUAACAUCUACUUUUAACAGGAAUUUGCCGAUGAAAGAUUCAAAAACUAAAGUUUUGAAAUCAAUUUUGAAGACUCCAUAUAAAAAAACAUCGGCCACAUCUAAAUUUACUGCUGGAACUAAACCGAAAACUACUCGUAGAGUGCAUUUUGCCGACUCCGUAAUAUAUAAAUCAAAAUCUGCUCAAAGUCUCUGCACACCAACAAUUUCAAGAACGAGUUUAUAUAGACGCAAUACCCCCAGACACCCAGUAAACAAAGCAAAAGUCAAAACAACAGUGAAUAAAUUUUUAUCUACAAAUACUGAAAAACCAAUCGAUUUAACAACCACAAAAAAUGUUUCGGAAAAACAGCAAGAAACUGAGACCAUCGAUAUUCCUAUUAUCGAUAACGUGUCUUCAAAACAGGAACCAAAAACUGAAGCUGUUAGUGAUAAUGUGGAAAAGUUGCAGACACCAUCGGAGAAAUACAAUCAAUCACUUACUAUAACUGCAAGGUUCUCUGCAACGAGAUUAGGAGCCAAUGGAGUUACAUCACCCAGUUUGCAUCAAAAACGCGCUAAUGCUUCGUCACCACUGUCUAAUUAUUUGGUACAAGGAAAGCGAAUUCAGGACUCUAGCUGCAUCCGUAAAGUGCGUAGGGCAUUGCACUAUUGA